AUGACAAAGCACUGGCCGGGGCAGAGUCUCUUGGCACCACCCGCCCUGUCCCACCUCAGAGAACAUCACGACCAUCAACUUGACUUCCACAGAAAUGCACAGCCGAGUUUUCCUCCCUGCGGUCUAGUGCGGAGCUCUCCAGCCCAACACUGGCCUCACCAUCCGACUCAGAUGGUUCCCCAGCAGUCGCUGCGCUUGGAGAAGCACGCAACUCGUCCUGAACACCUCACCAGUGCCACGACACUCAUGGAUAAAGCCGCGCCACCGGGCACAUCUUACCCGAAUGUUCAAGAUGCUGAACUUAAACAGGAAUCUAUUAACCGGGACUUAUGGAGCAGUGAUCAGGAGAAGAACAGUACCAGCGGAGGGAAGAAGAAGAACUAUCAGCGGUACCCGAAACCACCGUAUUCCUACCUUGCAAUGAUUGCUAUGGUCAUUCAGAGGUCCCCAGAGAAGAAGCUGACUUUAUCUGAGAUCCUCAAGGAGAUCAGUACUCUCUUCCCAUUCUUUAAAGGAAACUACAAAGGCUGGCGGGAUUCUGUACGACACAACCUCUCCUCCUAUGACUGUUUUGUUAAGGUGCUGAAAGAUCCCGGGAAGCCCCAGGGCAAAGGCAACUUCUGGGCUGUGGAGCUGAGUCGUGUCCCCCUGGAACUCCUCAAGAGGCAGAACACAGCUGUAUCGCGCCAGGAUGAGACAAUCUUUGCCCAGGAUCUGGCCCCCUACAUCCUGCAGGGACACAAGCCAGAAUCUGAGCCGCCCUCCGACCCUGUGACCUCACUCCCUCCCAUACGCUCUAGAAACCUCUCCCCACGCCAAGAGGACUUAUUCCUACCCAAGCUGGACUCCUCGUUCGCCAUAGACUCUUUGUUGCACAGCCUGCGGCCGACUGGUUCCUCUGGGGAUAUGGACGUGUCUACCAGGGACUGCUGGGGUGAGGUGGAGCACCCUCGACCGUCACCCCCACUACGACCUCGCUAUGCCUCCUCUGCCCGUAGUGCUUCUGCCAGUUCUGCUAGUCCGGCCUCCACCUCUUCCUCCUCUGAUGAAGAGUGGAAAGGAGUGUCACUGUCUGGGAAGCGUGUUCCUCCUGACGGUGAAGCAGGGUCAGAUGGUUAUGAAGACUACAGACCACCACUGCACAAAUCAGCACGUCGAGAGACUAUUGCACCUCCAUGGGAACUCCCUACAUCCUAUGCCAAAUAUGCUCCCCCCAAUGCUGUUGCCCCACCUAGCAUGCGAUUCAACGGAGGGCCUUUAAUGCCACUACAUGGCGGACUUCCCCUCUACAGCUAUGGCAGCUCUCCUAUGGCCCCAGGCCACUUUUUAAGCCAUGCCUACUGGCCUAUACUUCCGAGCGGGCGAGUUUCUGUUCAAGCCCCCCCUCUCAUCAUGGACCUGGACAACAUGUUGCAGUCUGUGCCCCCAAAUAAAAGUGUGUUUGAUGUGCUGGUCCCAGCAAAUCAGAACUCUCACUCACAUCACCAACCACCCAGUCAAUACACCCUGCAAAAUGGGCCUCCCAUAAACAGGUACCCUCAGUAUUGA